UCUGUGUCAGACUGCUAAGCCUGGGACUGGGACCUCCCAUUUGUUAAUAAAAACACCCAAACUAACAAAACGUUUUCGUACAAAUACAAAAGCAGACCUCUCUUCUUUACUCUCUCUCUCUCUCUCUCUCUCUCUCUCCAUUGCAAAAGCAGAAAGCUUGACUCUCUCUGCUUCCUUUGAAACGCCAUUUUCAAUGCUGCAACAUUCACAAACCUAAAACGAAGUGCAAAAGCUGUCUUUAUCUCGUUCCCUCCUCUCGUUCCGUCUUUCUCUUGCACCCACUAUAAAAACCCUCCUUCCAAAACCCUACAUAAGUCCCUCACUCCUAUUUCUCCCUUAGCUCUCUUCUCUCUCUCUCUCUCUCUCUCUCUCUCUCUCCACCAUGGAAGCUCUUUACUUCCUCAAGUUCUGGAGACCCAACCUCCACAACCAAGCCCACCGACCCUCUAUUGGAAACAGUGACACCACCGAAAUUAUAUCAACUGUGGUCGACGCAGAUUAUGAGUUCAAUGAAGAGGAAGACUCAUUCUUUGAAUUGGAGCUUACUGUGCCUGAUUUUGACAACAGUAAAUGCAAAAACAAAAGCAGCAUUCCACUAGACAACCAUAUUGACGCAUUUGACUCUAAGGAAGAAACUCUACACAGCUGGGCCAACAAAGCCGGCAAUAUUGAUCGCAAAUUUGCACCACCAAAUGUUUCUCUCGCUGCUACUGAUCUGUCUAAAAGAAAGAUCCUCCCCAUUGAACCCAUCUCAAAACCUGAGUCCCCCAUCUCCCUCCUCAAAUCAGCGCCACGAUUUCGAGUCCUUAUGUUCAAGAAAUCAAAGUCAAUGGCAGAGCACCAAACAGGAAAAACAGGGGAAUCAGAGAUGAAGAGCGUUUUUGUUGAUACCGCAAAGAACAAAAAGCAAGAAAGCAAGCUCUUAACGGUUAAAUUCAAGCUCAAAGAAGCUGCAAAUGUUCCUAUAUUCACAAGGGAUAACAGUUUGAGAAAGCAGAUCUCAGAUGAUUCGUCAAAGAGAUUCCCUAAGGAGGUAAUACGAAAGUACUUGAAGCUAAUCAAGCCCCUGUACAUCAAAGUUUCCAAAAGGCAAAGCGAGAAGCCGAAAUUCACGGGGGAAUUGUCAAUGCCAUCACCAUCAUCUUCUCCGGCAACGCAGCCUUCUUGUUCUCCAAAGAAGGAGAAACAGGGGAGUAUUCCAGCAGGGAUUCGAGUGGUCCGUAAGCAUCUCGGAAAGAGCAAAUCCGCAUCGGCGGCCACCAUUGUUAUGCCGUCAACGGUUAAUAGGAGAGAUGAUUCCCUGCUUCUGCAGCAUGACGGUAUCCAAAGCGCCAUUCUGCAUUGCAAGAAAUCUUUCAGCUCUUCUAGUUCCGUUGAUUCUUCUCUCUUCUCGCGAUUUGCAAAUGAUCCUUUGCAUGAGAAAUCUAUGGCUUCACCGAGAAAUUCCCAUGAAGACAAAGGAAAUAAUUAGCAUUUUCAAGCUCUUUUCCUCUGUACCAGGAGGAAGAAAAAAGCGGGAAAUAUGCUGUUUUGUGAAAUCGAAAGCAAUACAAAGAAAAGAAAUUGAACAGGAUCUUUGUUUUUUUUCUUUUUGCUGUAAAGAAAAGAGAAAAUGGUUUUAUAAAAAAUAACAGAAAGAAUCAAAGGAGCUAGGCAGGUAGGUUAGUUUUUGAUCCUUAGUUUAGCAAUGGACAUGAUGGUGUGCAAGGACAAAAGGGUACCAUUGCUGAUGUCUGUAAAGUUGAUGGGUCAUUAUGAGAAACUUGAAACCAAGUCUGAUAUUUGAUUUUUGUUUCCCAUUGUGUAUCAAUACCAUUGGCUGGUGUGGUCUUGUAUUCUGGAGUUGAUCAUGUUUCCUUGAAAAUAUGGGUUGGUUGUUGAUGUGAUCAUUUCUUCAUUUGAAAGCUGAAAUGAAAAUUACUUCACUGUUAAUUUGCACCUUGUACUGAAUUAAAUGUGUUCUCAUCCAUUACAUUCAAGGACAAGCUCAAGACUGCAGAUUCAAAUUCUGAUGGCUUGUCCUGUGAUGCAAAUGAUCAUAACUUGGAAAUUUUUUUCUAUUA